AGGCGGAGCGUCGUCGUCUUCUCUUCCUUUCAAGCAUUAGUUUCAUUAACGACUCGUCGCUUCACCAGUACAAUCGAAAUGGCUCAGGAGUUCGUGAAGGCUCAUGUCAAAGGCGACAAAGUGGUGCUGUUCAUGAAGCCCACAUGUCCGUACUGCAUCACGGCCAAAGAUGUGAUGUCCAAGUACAAGUUCAAGCCAGGACACCUGGAGUUGAUCGAUAUCACCGAGCGGAGCGACAUGGGCAGUCUGCAGGAUUACUUCCUGGAGCUCACCGGAGCCCGCACGGUGCCUCGGGUGUUCAUCGGUGAGGAGUGCGUUGGAGGUGGAAGUGAUGUAGCGGCCCUGCAUAAGAGCGGUAAACUGGAGGGCAUGUUGCAGUCUAUUGGAGCCCUGCAGUGAUCCACUUCAGAUCUCCAGAGUUUGGGCAUCCAGAUGUGGUCACAUGACUAUACAGCGGGACUUUCGUAGUUUGCGUCGUCGCUGCUGGUACUCGCUGAGCUCCUGCAAGUACCCUCUGGAUGGCCAGCGUAGCCUCUCCACCUGCUCACGCUCCUCAUCUGGAAUGCAUAAACACAAUCAUGUACAACUGUAAUCCACUACAGUCGCAACUAUCAAAGGUUUUGCUAAAAAAACCAUUACAGCAAGAUUUACUGUGCAUGGCAAACCUGCUCAGAUAUGCAUACUGUAACAACUCCUCGGCUUGCUGCCAUAUCUGACGUGAUUUCAUUUCUACCAACAAACAGCUGAAGACCAAUGGUAAUCACUUGUGUGCUUUCUCCUCUUUCUGGCCUUUGACUUUGCUUGUGCCCUUCAUUAUCCGUCCAGUGACCUUAAAUGAGUUUUGUGUGUGAAUAAUACUGCCAAUAAAACAUGUUACUGCUGUGCAA